AUGCCAACAGCUCCCAAGGCCUCGGCCCUCGAACUUGAAGUGAGGACAGUGGCCCCUGUAACUUGUUUGCUCAGUCACCUUAUUGCAGAAUCGAGGAAGCGAACUGUUUCAGAUCUGGGUGGCGAGUCUGAUAACAGUGGCUCCAUGGCGAGUUCUCGAAAGGUAGCCAAGAUACACCCAUUCUUCACCAAACCUAGCGCCAGUAGCUCUACGGCGUCCUCAUUCCAAUGGCUGAAACCUGCUCUAGGCCCGAAGCGCACGUGUCUGCACGGAAUCAAUCUGAUACCACCAAGCACAUCGAAAGUAGCUGCAUUCGAUCUUGAUGGAACAGUGAUCAAGUCAAAUCACAAAAAUCGAAGCAAGGAAGCCGCGUUGCACUGGGAGUGGUGGAGAGCUAGUGUGCCAGUAAAGUUGGAGGAAUUACAUCAAGAAGGAUACUCAAUCAUAUUGAUAUCCAAUCAAGCAUUAAAACAACAUCAUCUGGAGGACUGGAAGAAGAAGAUUCCCCUCAUCUCCGCUGCUCUUCCCAGCGUACCUUUCCGAAUAUACGCUGCGUCUGCCAAAGAUGGCUUCCGCAAGCCUAUGCCAGGGAUGUGGGAUGAGCUCGAACAUAUUUUUGCAGAAGACGGUGUUCAGAUAGAUAAUAAGGCUUCAUUCUUUGUUGGAGAUGCUGCGGGUCGUACUAACGACUUUGCAUCAACUGACAGGAAAUGGGCGAUUAAUAUUGGUAUUCCAUUCUACACCCCAGAAGAAUAUUUUCUCCAAUUGCCCUCAGCGCCAUAUACCCUUCCCGGAUUCCGCGUUUCUGGUCUCCCUAAGUUACCGUUACUUGAACCCCCUACGGCACAAAUCAUUCCUGAUGCUGCAGGGACUGAGCUAGUGGUAUUUUCGGGCUUUCCAUGCCUCGGAAAAUCGACCUUUUUUCGGAGGCAUUUUGCGCCUGCUGGGUACACCCACAUCAACCAAGAUACAUUAGGCAGUCGUUCCAAAUGCAUUAAAGCAGCUGAAGUAGCACUCAAAUCCGGUACAAGCUGUGUAGUUGACAAUACCAAUAGAGAUAUUGCAACUAGAAAGCAUUAUUUGGAUCUUGCAAAGAAACUUCAAAUUCCUGUGCGAUGUAUUGAGUUCGUUGGUUCAAUGGAUCUGGCAUGGCACAACAACCUCUACCGCGCAUAUGUUCAUCCUUCAAUAGAGUCGAGACGCGACAUCAUACCAUACAUUGCCUUCAUAGGCUUCAAGAACCACUACGAGGAGCCCCAACUGACGGAGGGCUUUUCAGAAAUAAUAAAGGUCAAUUGGAUGUUCGAAGGCUCCGAAGAAGAACGAAAGAGGUGGAGUAUGUGGCUUCAGAUUGACGGGAAAUGA